GUACUAGUCAUAGCAAGAACAUCGCAAGGCACGUCCAUUCACGAUCUUCCUGUCAACUUCUGGAUUUCUACGUCCAAAAGAGAGUGAAAGGCAUAUCAAUUAACGAUUUGAUUUUCUACAUAGUCCGAUAAAAGUUAUAAUUAUGGGCUUCUUCAACGUCACUAUACCUCCAAAAGAUAGUCUCUGCUACGUGGUCUGCGAGAUCAAGAAGUCUGAAAACGAUCAGUACUCCACAUAUUUCAGGGUCAGGCUUAAUUGUAGGAAAUUACUUGAAACAACUCCUCAAGCGAUGGCUGUUCCGACAGAUAAUGGUGGUCUGUACGUUAUCGUAACAAAGGAAUUUUUGGAAAACGAUACCUUCUGGGAAAAUUGCAACACCCUCGAUAUACAGAUAAUAAAUCUACGCUACUUGUUGCCGAAUGACAUUUACGAGAAGUGUCUACUUUACACCAUCGAAUAUAGGCUGGCACCUCAUUGGAACAAGGUCGAGUCAUACCUCGUUGAGGGACAAGAUUUUCUUAGCUCGUCGGGAAGUGUCAAUGCGAUCAAGUUGAAAAUCAAUGAUAUUCGCGAUAAUAGCGCUCAAUUUUGUGUGACGGCUGUAAAUCUCAAAAUUCCAUUCCUAAGAUUAAGUAACCAACGUGCAACGACUUCAUCAGUAUAUGUUCUGCCAAAGACGACAUGGGCAACCGUGUUGAGCCAAUCGGAAGAAAUUGCGGAAAACCAAUCGGAAAACCAUUUCAGAGAUUACGAGGAUUUGCGCGCAUAUUGGAAAAAUAUGCAUGGCUACAUAUUGCCAGAACACGAGGAAGGACUCUUAUAUUACAUUGUCGAAUUCUACUCUGGGUCGUCCAUUCUCUUAUAUCCUGAAACAUGCUUAAUAUCAAAUGGAAUAUGUUGGUCUGUGAUGGAUAUAGAUCCUAAAAUUUACAAUAGAUUUAGAGAAGGCUUAAUGAAAAUAGUAUUAUGCGGACAGCAGUUGGAUGUACGCACGGAAUAGAAACUCGAAAAAGUGGCCAAAACUCAGCUAUUUUAUAUUAAUAAAGUCUCUUAUCGCUAUCUACACAUAUUAAAGUAGUUAAAAUAAAAAUUCAUGUUAUAAAUAUUAAUUACAGAUUGAAA